UUUGUGCACUCAAGCUUCAAGCUGUUGCCAAGAGGUUUCAUGUGUUCUGUUGUCAUUCAAAUCCUGUAGCUUCAUAGGCACGCCUUGCAUUGCAAAACCCUCAAGUAAAACCUAAAAUCUAUGUUAAGUGUUCUCUUUUAAAACCUUUUAGGUCAAUUAGCAAUGGCUGCAGCAGAAAUCCCCAGUUAUAUUGUUUCUUCUCAGACUGAGAAGCACAGAAGGGCCAGGAAUUGGACCGAUGCAGAAAUGAGGGGCUUAAUGCUUGUCUGGGAAGAAUUUUUUGAUGAACUGAAACAAACUAAAAGGAAUGCCAAAGUUUAUGAGAAAAUGGCAAACAAACUCUUUGAAAUGACUGGAGAAAUUCGCCAUGGAGAAGAAAUAAAGAUAAAAAUUACAAACAUGACAUUCCAGUACAGGAAAUUAAAAUGCAUGACUGACAGCGAAACUCUUGCACCGGAUUGGCCUUAUUUUAAAACCAUUGACAGAAUAUUGUCUAAAGUGUCAGAGCACAACGAUGUGAAAAUGCACGAUGGGCAGCAGCCAGGGCCCUCCACCUCACAGACGGAGGCCUCGCAGUCCCCGUCGGCCAAGUCCACACCUCUCUACUUGCCUUAUAACCAGUUCACCUAUGAAGGGAGAGAAGAAUUUUUUGAAGAUGACCAUUCUGAGAGUUCUUCUAGCUUACUUUCUUAUAAGUUAAGAACUGAAGAAAGGCCCAUGAAGAAAAGGAAAAUGCAAAGCUGUAACUUUCAAAAAAAGAAACUCAAGCUAAUGGAAGCCAUGCUAGAGGAACAGAAGAAGCUGAGCAGAGCCAUGGAGGAGACGUGCCGGGAAGUACGGAGGAUUCUGGAUCAGCAAAACAUCAUCCAGGUUCAGAGUCUGCAGCUGCAAGAAAGAAUGAUGAACCUUUUGGAGAAAAUGAUCUCCAAAGCCAAUGUUUAGUUUAUUUUGGGAUGGCCACGGAAGUACAAUAUUAAUCUAUUUUAGAGAAACUGCAUAUUAUAUAG